UCGCCUGACUGAGUUGAGGGCCCGUGUCGUGACGUCAUGGGCGCGUCAAACAGACUCGGGCCGACUUUGAUCACAAACGCUCGGAGACGCAGCCGGACUUCGUCGUUAAACCUGUCCGUUUAAACGCUGUGGGGUGGUUUGGUGUGGGCGGUUGAGUGUGAGCUGGCGUGUCGUGUUGUGUUUCAUAGCCGCGGUUUUGGUGCUCAGCUCGGUCUCCAGUGAGGAACACGAGGUUUUUCCACGUGGAGGAGCGAAUCCAGCAGCAGCCCCAGAUCUGCCCUGAUGGAGGAGCUGCCAGCAGAGCUCAGAGACUUUCUCCUCAGCCAGCCUUUCCUGCAGCUCACCGAGGGCAAGAAGAUCAAGUGCUCACUGAAUGGCCACGAGUUCCCUUGCAACCUUGCAGAGCUGCAGAAAUUCACAUCUGGGAAUAAGUUCAAGAAACUGUGUGCGGGCGCAGAGUUCAAUUACAGCCAGUAUGAGCCACAUCUGGUCCCGAGCACGAAAGAGCCAAAUCACCUUUUUUGCAAGCUGACCGUGAGACACAUCAAUCGCAUGCCUCACCAUGUCCUCCGGCAUGUUAAUGGAAAGCGAUUCAAGAAAGCUCUAGCGCAAUAUGAGGAGUGUGUGAAGCAAGGCGUGAAGUUUGUUCCAGCCAAGCUCAGGCAGAGAAAACGGCCCAAAGACACAGAUGACGGCAUGGAGAGCUCAAAUGAAAGACACACCCAGAAGCAGAAGCAGAAGCAGGACAGCGGCAUCUGGGCCCCCAGCUCCAGCGGAGAGGAGGACAGCGACACGGACGACAGCAUGUCAGACCUCUAUCCACCCUCUAUGUUCACUCUAAAGAAGUCAGAGGAACAAGGAGGAAUGGAGGAAGAUGACGAUGACUUCCAAACGGAUGAGGACGAUAUGGAGAUCACGGAAAUGGAAGAGGAAAAACAAACAUCACAGAAACGCAGAAAGGUCCAGUCGGCCGGUUUUGACAAGAAAUUGAAGAAAAACAGAAAAAGAAAAGGUUUUAAGCCAAUUUGCAAAGUAAAAAAAGGAAAAUAAAUGUUGAUGUGUGCAUUAA